AUGUCUAGAAACGCCGUGCAGUUAAAGCAGGACCUGAACCCGUGCGAGCCACUGAAUCUGGUAUCAAGUGUCACGCUCUCCAAGUCUGCAUCAGAGGCUUCUCCGCAGAGCUUACCUCAUACUCCGACGACCCCGACUGCCCCCAUCACUCCCGUCACCCAAGGCCCCUCCGUCAUCACCACCACCAGCAUGCACACGGUGGGACCCAUCCGCAGGCGGUACUCAGACAAAUACAACGUGCCCAUUUCUUCAGCAGAUAUUGCGCAGAACCAAGAAUUUUAUAAGAACGCAGAAGUUAGACCACCAUUUACAUAUGCAUCUUUAAUUAGGCAGGCCAUUCUCGAAUCUCCAGAAAAGCAGCUAACACUAAAUGAAAUCUACAACUGGUUCACACGAAUGUUUGCUUACUUCCGACGCAAUGCCGCCACGUGGAAGGUAAGCUUGCUCACAGGCCUGUUGAGCCUGGGAUCUUGCCAUUUAUAGAAGUGAAUGUGGUGUUGGUCACAUGCCGUUGUUCUAAGUUCCAUUUAUAUCGUUUUGACACACUCUAAUUCUUAGUAAUAUUUGAUUGAACAAAAUUAAUUCCCUUGGUGUAAAAAUGCAGGGAAGGAAGACUUCUGGCGAGACGAGCCAAGAAAGUCAUGUCUCUCUGGCUGGAGUGUGUAGGGAAAAGGAACAGACAACACAGUCGUCCUACUAAAACCUCAUACUCUUACAUCCAUCCCCUGCCAACCCCCAUAUAUUUACAGAGAUGCAGAGAGGAACCUGGAAAAAUGAUUCAACUUGACAUAACCUUCAUUGCUUGGAUUAAAAAAUGCUCCUCAACCUAGUGACAGAGUAUCCAGUGUAGUCCAAGUACUAACUGUGUAUAGGAAUCAUCAUAGAAGAAAGAACAUAAUAUAGUGAGUCAAGAGACUGUCGGAGAUUCUCAGGUACACUGGGGAAGGAAGGUAGCUUCUGAGUUAUGUAACCUCACUGCAACACAAUUUGCUGUAAAAUAGGUCACCAAUAAGGCUGAAGGGUCACGUGGGGACCUCAUUCCCAGCUCCCCAAUUAAUUGGUGUAUUUUGUUGGUUUCUUUGGUAUUUACAUUAAGCCCUCACAAAUUUUGGGAUCUUCCCACUUUCACUAUUACAAUAUCCUUACUAUAAAAGAGGGCAGAUACAUCUAAUAUACCUCUGCAUAUUUUACUUUCCCAAAUUUUUUUAUUUCCUAAAUUCUGAAUCAUUCAACAUGCAACUAUUUUAGGAUAUUUUUUCAUUUCAUUAGUAUAAAUGUAAUUGAUUGAUAGGCAUUUAUGGUAUGAUGCAAGGAGAAUUUACAUUGCUUGAAAUAAGUGCCUGCCUUGCUAUUUUCCUUAACUUCAUAUGGCAGAAAAACCAAAGCAAAAACAGAAAACACAGUCCCUCUGUUACAUUCUUGAUAAGUUCGCAUUUGAAAAGACAAUGACUGUAACCAUAGAAAUAAUUCAUCAGCCUUACAGAACUGUGAAUAUCUAUUUUGGCCCAAAUUAUCUUUUACAACACAUGGGUGCUGAAGGAAACCUGUGUUCCAAAUCUUACCCUUUUUCCCUCAGCCUGCCUUGGGACAUAAAAUACAAAGCAUCUUUAGCAAUGAAGGCUUUUAACAAUUUAGGAAGUAGAAGCAUGAAGUGGACAUUUUCUUCAAAUUGCCUUUUAUAGAGAGCCAAUGAUCAAAUUUAAAAAUAAUUACCAGUUGUAGCUAUUUAAGUACAGCUCUUCAGCUUUCACUUCCGCAUUUUGCAAAGUGCAGGAGAAAGUGUCCUUAGUCUAGACAAUACUAGAUGAAGUACUUAAGGACUCACACCUACGUGUCCUCAUCUGUACUGUGAUCUCAGAAGAGGAAAUACCCGGGUAAGGUUGGGACUGCAGAGCCGAGCAGCCACUCACCUGUUUGGGACACUCCUGGUUUCCGGUUGCCUAUGUGGGCAGUCUUGGAAAACAAGAGGUGACCUUUGCCUUUCCAUCUUCACUCGUGUGGCUUUACAGGUCAGAUCUAUAGGAACCCUUUUUUCUGGUGUGGCUUCUUUAGAUCUUUUCAGUUCUGAACUUUUUUUUUUUUUUUUAAUAUAUACUUACUUUAAAACAUCAGACUAGGAUUAAAAUAAGGAGAAAUGUUGAUUUCUUUCUCCAGUUUUGUCCGCUGUAUUUUAUACCUGCUCUCUGGAUUUUU